AUGGGGCCCCAGGGGCCCCACGCCAAGGGGACCCCGGGAUCGAAGCAGAGCCAGCUCCCUAUGGAGCAUCCGCAGUCUCGGAGCUCCAAGCGGUCUCGGUCUAUACUAAAACAACACAAAACCCUCAACGCCAAAACCACCGAAAACAGAGAAGCCGUCUCCUCCCUAUUCAGAGCAGUAGCAGUAGCAGUAGCUGCAGCAGCAGCAGUAGCUGCAGCAGCAGGAGCAGUGGUUGCAGCAGCAGCAGCUGCAGCAGCAGAAGUAGCAGCAGCAGUAGCUGGAGCAGCAGCAGCAGCAGCAGUAGCGGCUGCUGUUGCUGCUGCUGCUGGCGCAGCAACAGCAGCUAUUGCAGCAGCAGCAGCAGAUACUGCAGCAGCAGCAGCAGCUACUGCAGCAACAGCAGCUAUUGCAGCAGCAGAUGCUGUAGCAGCAGUAUCAGCAGCAGAAGCUGCUCCUGAAUCAGCAGCAGCAGCAGCAGCAGCAGCAGCAGCUAGACAGCAGCGACAGUAG